AUGUCAGCCCCUCAGGGCACAGCACAAAACCCAUUUGCUACGAACCGGAGUCUUGCAGGGGGUGCAGCGUGCAAAUACUUUUCUUUUCAAGUUUGUCUUAUACUCUCUGUGCUAGCCCUAGCGUUGACAGUGACUUUGGUAUGAUCUACUUUGCUUUCUCUCAAGAUCUCUGCAUUUAUUUCCUUGAGAAUCCUUUCUACACACGGAACACCUUCAUCACGUUUCUCAUAACCACAGGAUGCCACCUGCUUCGUCCACUGCUGUCGGAGCGCCAGUUAGGCCUUCAGGAGCCACAAACGCAAGUUCUCAACAAUGGAUUGCUGGCGCCGCAAGACCGAGCUUCGUGAACGUAGUCUUUUGUCUCCUUUGGUUAUUUCUUUCACAGCAAGUAUUGAGACUAGACAAGGUUUUUCUAGAACAUUAGUCCACUGGUGUGCGUGAAAGCAAUUCGCACUUGGAGCUUUUGAAAUUGCAUGUGGCAACAAGCCGUGGCAGCGGACAAGAACCGUGGCUACACUUAGUUAUACUUGAUAGUUCAUCCUUCUCAGGUAGCGAACCCACCAUUGCAAGCUGGCAACGUAUCGUAUGGGCCGUCCUACAGUAUGACCUAUCAACCGCGAUCCACAGCGGACAAGGCGGCUGUGAAAUAUAGCGGGUUUUUGCCACUAGAAGGAACCUACAGAGACGAUGAUUGUAAAAUCGGAUGAACAGCAGGAGGUGCAGAUUAUCCAAAGGAUGAUGAUUUGUUGUAGAUGAAUGGGAUGAACAGGAGGAGCUGGCAUUUACUUAUAUGCAAAGACUAUGUACACUUCUAAGAUCACUGAAAAGAAGAAGGUGCCUGUUUUGAUUUGGAAGCAGGACAGGUUGCACAGACGUGCACAGGGUCUUCAGCAUGACAGAAGAAGUACUAACAUGAAGUUGUACUGUUUUUUCGAGAAGUUUGAGUUUUCAUAGGAGCGCUAAGCGAAAUGUGCCAGUGAUGUAGAUGUGUUUUAAGUGCACC